AUGGCUACCCUUUCUCCCAAUCACUGUGCGCGAAUUUCCAAGUCGCCCGUGACGGUGGAGGAGAUGCAUGAUCUUGGAAUCAUCCCACGUGACGGCCCUGUGUCGUUCGCAAGCACGAAGCAGAUUCGCGAUCGGUUGUCGCUGUACUGGGGAGAUGUCACCACCGUCGAUGGGAUUUCCGCAGUCGUCAAUGCUGCCCACUCGAGUCUCGCGCAAGGCUCUGGUAUUUGCGCAGCGAUCUUCGAUAAAGCAGGUUCAACCGCCUUGCGUAACGAGUUGCGGAGGUUCAACGUCCCAGUCGACGCAGGCACUGCGGUAACUACGUCGGGCCACAGGCUCAAGGCCAACCAUAUCAUUCACGCCGUUGGUCCCGAUUUCCGUAUCCCUUCAAUCGAACUGUCCCAGCACUACGUUGCACUUUUUAAUUGCUAUACCAACAUUCUCGAGGAAUGCUAUGAGCACGAGAUAACAUCCGUGGCUAUACCCCCGAUCAGCAUUGGCAUUUUUAAAGGCGACAAGGACAAGUGUGCUGACACUGCGGUGAGGGCAGUGGUUCGGUUCUUGCUGCGGGAGGAGAACCGAGACCUCGAUAUCUCCGUCCGUUUUGUUGUCUGGGAACCCAAAUCACCCAGAGACAUCAGCACUCAGCAGCGUCUUUUACAACCAUACUUAAAUGCUUUCGGUACUUAUACCCCACGGCUGUAG